AUGGAUGCUGCUAGACAGAUCAAGGAGAAGCACGCCUACCUCUGCAAAGAUGUAGUCGAGGAGUAUCAGAAGUUUGACCAGGAUUCCCGAAGGUUCAAGAGCCUCCAGGGGCACUUUCCAAAGACGAAGCAGGACUGGAAGAUUCAGAUUGGCUACGAGCGCUUCCUGGCCCCAGAGAUUUUCUUCCACCCCGAGAUCUUCGUUGAUGGGAUGACGACGCCUCUGCCGCAGGUGGUGGACGAGUGCAUCUCCCAGUGUCCUAUCGACUAUCGACGUCGGCUCUACAGCAACAUCGUUCUUUCGGGAGGCUCUACGGCCUUUCAGAAUUUCAAGGAGCGCUUGCAGAAGGAUGUGCAGCACCUUGUGGACGAAAGGCUGCAGAAGGCUGAGCUGAGCACAGGCCGGCGGCCGCAGGACAUCGAGGUCCUCGUGCACGGCAGCAAGAAGAGAGCGCAGCAGCGCUAUGCCGCCUGGCUGGGAGGAUCCCUGCUGGCGCAGGAAGCAAUUUUCUCCAAAAUGGUGAAGACGAAGCGUGAGUACGAGGAGGUUGGCCCUGCUUGCAUGCGGAGCAGUCCGGUAGUGAUGGGCUAA